AGUGGGCGUGGUGGGGGUUCAUCACGCAGCUCCUUCCCCUCGCCUGCUUCUCGCACUGCGUGAGGUCGACUUGGAGGAAGGUGAACGUCGCCAAGAAACGAAUUUAACGAUAAAUCGGGGAAGAAGGCACGAAACAGGAAACACCCCCCAAUAAACUGCCUCAGGAGCAGUGACGUGUCUUCAUGGCAGUUCGUCGAGGACACAUUAAGUACUUGAAAGCCGACUUACAGGAGGUGUAUGACAUGUCAAACGGUUACGAAGACCAUAUGGGAGGGGACGAGGCCAAGGACGCCCAGACCAACCUGAUCGUGAACUACCUGCCCCAGAGCAUGACGCAGGACGAGCUGCGCAGCCUCUUCAGCAGCAUCGGGGAGGUGGAGUCCGCCAAGCUGAUCCGCGACAAAGUCGCAGGCCACAGUUUAGGGUACGGAUUUGUUAACUAUCUUAACCCUAGUGAUGCAGACAGAGCUAUCAGUACACUGAACGGACUAAGGCUACAGUCCAAAACUAUCAAGGUUUCAUUCGCACGGCCCAGCUCUGAUACAAUAAAGGAUGCCAACCUGUAUAUCAGCGGCCUGCCAAAGGCCAUGACCCAAAAAGACGUGGAGGACAUGUUCUCACGUUACGGACGCAUCAUUAACUCUCGGGUACUUGUUGAUCAGGGUACAGGUACAGCAGGUGUUUCCCGCGGUGUGGCCUUCAUCCGGUUCGACAAGCGGUCGGAGGCGGAGGAAGCCGUCAAGAACCUGAACGGCCAGAAGCCAGCGGGGGCCGUCGAGCCGAUCACUGUGAAAUUUGCGGCCAACCCGAACCAAGCGAAGAACACGCAGCUCAUCUCUCAGCUCUACCACAACCAGUCCCGACGCUUCGGAGGGCCCCUGCACCACCAGGCACAGAGGUUUAGGUUUUCACCCAUGGGUGUCGACCACAUGGGCAGCAUGGGGAGUGUGAGCGUUCCCAACAACUCCACCUCCGGCUGGUGCAUCUUCAUCUACAACCUGGGCCAGGACGCCGACGAGAGCAUCCUCUGGCAGAUGUUCGGCCCCUUUGGCGCCGUCACCAAUGUCAAGGUGAUCCGCGACUUCAACACCAACAAGUGCAAGGGCUUCGGCUUCGUCACCAUGACGAACUACGAGGAGGCGGCCAUGGCCAUCGCGAGCCUGAACGGCUACCGGCUCGGCGACAAGAUGCUGCAAGUGUCCUUCAAGACCAGCAAGGGCCACAAGUAGAGGGGGCUGGACAAUGAGGUGUAGAGGAAGAAGAAGAAGAGGAGGAGGAGGAGGGGGUGGGGGGGAAAUGACCUGCACCAGGCUUUUAUUUGAGAGAGCUUAAGUACGAGUUUGCAAAGUCUGGCACAUCAGUUUGGGUUUAAGUGUUUUCAGAGUUAAAUGAAACGUUCACUCUUCUGCACCUUUGUUACUUGUCCAAGGCUGAUUUAUUGUUGUUCUUUCUUUUCUUCCAUCUUUUUUUGCUCAUGCUUGUGGCUUGUGGACUUUUUUAGGGAGAGGAUGUUGAGUGCAAAAGCCCAAGAUAUAUCCCCUUGUCUAAUUAUCUAAAAAGCUGAAAUUGCUGUCUGUAGUUGUUGCAUGUGUAACUGCGGGGACGAGAUAAAAGAGGCAGGCCAACAAGAGCGCUGAAAGAACAGAGCGUAAAGGAAAGACCUGCAGAUACGUGUCUAAAUUUUAGUGGAUAAUUAAGUCUAAAGAAAGUGGAAAAACAAUAUUUAGCCACGAGCCAGUGGUUGUUUCAUUCUUGGGAGAGUAGUGCUUUGUCCUGGAUCUUCAUCAGAAGUAGAAAUAGUUGCCUUAAGUGAUCAUCCAGUGGACACGCAGACAACACCACCACUCACUGUCCCGAGUCAAUCUACAAGCAAAGCACUUUGAACCAAUCCGUAUUAGGUUGCGAUGAAUAUCGAGUCUGUUCGACGUCGCUCACCCUCCUACCUGGUUAACGGAUUUUAAACAUGACGCGCUCUGGAGGAAAAAUUUCCUUUUUUUGUUUUGUUAUCCCUGUGUAAAUUGUCUUUUUAUUCUAAGUUGUAUCGUCACAGGAGAGUCCUGUAGAAAAUAUGAUCCCCAGUCAAUGAGUAGGGAAUUAUGAUGGACCAAAGACAGGGAGAGAUUUGAUCCUUUAACCCCCAGAGCAGAUUUCCACGAGGUAAAACACAUCUAUUGAUUUUUUGUUUUCAGGAGGUACUAAGGCGAUAUCUGAAGCUGACUGAGAGAAACAUCAUUCAGGCUCAGUUUGCUGUUCUGUUUUGUUUUCCUUCAUUUAAAUAUAAUUUUUUUUUCUUUCUUUCUAAAGGUUAUAGAUUUUUAUUUGUUACCGUCUGAGUCACAAACUUGUUUUAAUGAGUGCUCAUCUCAAGUUUGGAGAGAGAUUAAAUGGCCUUUUUGUUAAUGAUUUCAGUUUAGAUUUGCUUUUUCUUUUCUUUUGUUGUUUUUGGUUGUUUCACUUUGAACAUAAACCAUUAAAUUUUAUUUCGUUCCGCUGAGCGUUUUGUUUGGUUUGUUAAUUUUUUUUAAAUGUACCUUUUUUUUCCAGAUUUAGUUUGGAGUUAUGUUCUAUUAUUUUUUUUAGUAGCAAAUCUGCAGCGUUGAUAAAAAAAAUCCCUGGUCCACCAAUAUCAGUGGAGUCUUUUAAAACGUCUGAGACAGACUUAUUAUUUUAGAUUAACAAGACGUUGACCAACUCUUAGUUGAGAUGAGGUUAUUUAAACUGUAUCAAGACACUCGAAGGAAAACUGUUGUCCAUCACACAUUUCAUGACGCAACAUUUCUGAGAGCCAGAUAGGUAUAAACCACACAACAGUAACAUAAGUAAAUUUAGCUGAUGUGGUCACUUCAGGUACUUAAGUCUUAUCAGCAGUUAUGAGUUGAAUUAUGGGAAUUUUUUUGUCAUCUUGCCUGAGGUGCUGUUUGGGCAGGACUGUGUUUGAUAGCACUGCCAAAAAAUAUAUAUAUUAAUUUGAAGAUUCAAGAUUUUAGACCAACCAAUCCCACUGCUUGGAUUUUUUUUUUUUUUACUGUUAAUUGAUGAGUACUCAGUUUUGAGUGAAACUCGUCACAUAUCGUCCAUUAAGAAAAGAUAACUCACACGCGACCGCUCACCUUUUUCUAGUGACGAAUUUUGCCAGAUCGUCUUUUUGAAAGGCGGAGGAUUAGCAUCGGAACUGUACUUUUUUUCUAUUUUAUUUUUUGAGAAUCAACCUGACCACAGAUUGAACCACUCAGUGUUUGAGCUAAAAGAAGCUAACGGAUCUUAGAAAUCGGUACCUUGCUCACACAUUUUAGGAUUCACUUUUUUUUAAAAAAACAAACGUCUCCACCUGACACUUAAUGAAAUUGCGUAUUUAAUCUAUUUCUUAAAGGAGUUAUUUUUUUGCUACCACAGCUUCAGAUUUUUCGUCUUAAAAAGUGCUUUUUGAUUUAGCAUUUUUACGUGUUACUUUUGUGUCACAAUCCUUUGUGCAAUACUUUGUGACUUGCUCGAAGCAGGCUAUAGGAAUUUGUUGUAGUCUUGAACUGUCAUCUGUUUGAUAAUUUCUUAUUUUAUACUGACAUUAUGUUACUGCUUAGUUUUAUUCUCAGCAGUCUAGUUGGAUUUCGCAUGAAAGGAUGCAAGUGAAUUUGUUUUAGGGGCAGUAAGAAUAAACUGCAUUCCGCCUUAAUUUAUAAGUGAAGAUGGUGUAUUUCACAUCAGUGGAGGCGCAGACAUUUAUCUGACAAUGUAUGCGGUUAUACUUGUUACUUGUUGGAGUGUUUUUAAUGGAUUAUUGAUUUUUUUUGUGUUUUGGGAAUUAUUUUUUUUGGAACGGACACUAAGUUGAAGUCCAGUAAAUGUCUUCUAACAUUGGAUCAUUUCAAUAAAAUCAUUGUGCAAUA